CGACAUCUUCAGCUUCAGCCCAGACGUUCCCAACUGGUGUCAGUCGGAGUCCUCAAACGCCGAAGGCGCUUCCUUCGAAGUCCUCAAAAGCCAAAGGCUUCAGCUUCUCGUGCCAGAGAAACCUCUCCCGCCGCGUCGCACGGCUUGCCUGCCUGCGGAGGAUUUGCUUAUCGACGCCGACGAGCGAUUUAGGAGCCCGUGUCAGGGUGCGACUGGGGAGCAACUGCUUCAAAACGUCCUGGAGGCUUUGGAAAGGAAGCUGCCAGCUUGUGUGUCUUGCGGACAGAGCUCCCAGCAAAGAUACCGCGUCCUGGUCCUUAGGGUUCGAGAACUGGCAUCUACUUCUCCGAGCCUCUGAGACAAUGCAAACCAGAAAUCGAUGCUGUCCCUCUUUGGAGAGGGAAGAUUUCUGCACAAACAGGAGUUCCUUGGGAUCACCAUGCGUCCAAAAUGCUCGGUGCUGUCCACACCACUAUCUAUGGAUGCUGAGCCCGCAGGUCCUCGCUCGCAGACCCAGCUACCGUGUCCUCUAAACAACCCGCGGGAGAUGCUGGCACCUCCAGAGGGUGGCCCGAUGUCACCAGGUCAGACCUCUGUUUCUAUUCCUCCUCUGGAGGAUCCUGUUCCUCCAAUGACUAUAUAGGGAUCCACCGGCCCCCCUUCCACCUCGGCAUUUAAACCGGCUAAAAUUAGGCGGUGGGAAGGUCCCUUCCCCGCUGCCAGCACAGCUGUCAUGCCCAUGACAGCUCUUCCAGCUCGGUGCAGACACUCAAAGCCUCCGGCGAGUCUGGGUACCUGCUUCCCAGGGCACUGCGGUCCCAGGACCUGCCAAAAUCUCUAGCACGGAUAGCCCCCACGUACACAACCAUCGCAGCCCGCGUGCCCCGGGAGCAAAACAACCCCAGCUAGGCCAACUUCAGCAUUACAGAAAAUCAACUCUGCAGGUCUUGGUUGACAAAGCUCUUGGAGGUGGUUCCAGUUAGGAAGCAAACGUGAUGAUGGAGUCAGGGAAAAGGAAUGCAGAUCUUGAAGAAUGGGAUGCAAAAAUCAGGAAGUUAACAGAAGAGUUUGAAGAAAGCGACACAGAACUUGAGGAAUGUGACACAGAAAAUGGUAAGUGUGAACUUACAGCAGAAAUUGACAGUCUGACUGCGGAGCUUGAGGAACGUGAUAGAAAAAUCAGCAAGCUCACAUCAGACCUGGGCGAAUGUGAUGCAAAAAUCAAGGAACGUGAUAGAAAAAUUACCAAGCUCGCAGCAGAAAUACGCAGACUCACCGCACUGCUUGGGGACCGAGACUCGAGGCUUCGGAAACUCACUGCAGAACUUGCAAAAUGUGAUGCAACGAUUAGGAUAUUUACGGUGGAGCUUGGAGAGCGGCACACAAAAAUAGGUGAACUUACUGCAGACGUCGGACACUGCAAUAGAAAACUUCGACAACAUGCAGCAGAACUUGAGGAACGGGACGAGAAAAUCAGGGAAAAUGAAGUGGAGAUAAGGCGCCUUACUGAGCUGCUGGAGGACCGGGAUUCGGAAGUCCGAAAACAGGAUGCUGUCAUUAGAAAAUUAACGGAAGAGCUUGAGGAAUUAAAGGAUCGGAAAGCUGAUGAGUCUUCUGAGGAGCUUGAGGAGAGUGAUACAGAAAGGGACAAACUCACCGAAGAACUUGAUGAAGUCACGGAAGAACUUGGGGAACGUGAUAAAAAAAUAGAGGAAAUCACUGAAGAGCUUGCUGAACGGACUGCACGGAUCAAUGAACUCACUACAGAGCUGGGAGAACGUGAUACCAAAAUUGACGAACUGUCUGCAGAAAUCGAAAAAUGUGAUAGAAAAAUUGAUGAACUCACUGCAGAGCUUGAGGAAUACAAAGCAAAAAUGCGAAAAUGCAUUGCAGAGCACAGUAAGUGCAUUUUUCUCCCUUCUACAAAUACCCCUUUUGCUUUUGGAUUUAAGUUUACAAUGCCAUUAAUAACUUAUUUUUUAUUGUGCCUUUUUAGGGAAGGAGGAAGGAAAAAUGGGUAAGUAAUUUAGAGAAAGAGGAAAAAAAAAAAUGGGUAAGUGAUUUGGUACUCUGGCUUGCUGACUGGUGUCACGUAUAUGUGUAGGGAAAGCUGCACAUCAAGUUAUCGAGCCUUGAACUACAGA